GCAGUUGUCCGAAAGCGUGCGUUGGGUGAAGACUUUUCGGAUCUCAGCGUCGGGAGUUUUGACUGACGGUCUCGUCAGAUAUGAGUGGAGGAUCCAUCCCUGAAUCAACAUCUGAUCCCAGGCUUGUGUUUCUGGGCCGUUAUGUCCAGAAAACACUGAAACUGAAACCUGAAAAGUGGAAUAGACUCCUGAUGACUGAGGAACAGAAAACUAUUGUAGUGGAUUUUCUUAAUAAACCAGAACCACUGGUGCUGAUUAUACUACUGAAUAAUGCAGCACAACUUCUUGCUGCAAACAGCUUUCCAGUAAGCUUGAAGAGCAAGGCUGUCUACUUCAUUAAACGACAGCGGGGACCUGUGCCAAGGGAAGCCAUUUCGCAGUAUGUCAUUCUGGGUGACAUGGCAGUGAAACCCAUUGAGCAGUUGGCUGCUCUUGUGGAUGAGGUGUUUGUACCCCUGUUGUCAAACCCAGCCAAUCAGAAGAAAUGGCCUCCUGUAGUUGCACAUGAUAUACAAAAGCAUGUGCACAGUUUGAAGAGCACAGUGUAUCAAGUGAAGGGUCAGGUGAGCGGUCAGACAGUGCUACCAAUGCCAGUUGGAGUUGAGCGUGUUAAUGAAGCGGAGCACAAUCUAAUUGAGAGUGGAGGUGAGGUGGUUGAUCUGUAUUUGAAGAGUGCUAUUGAAGGAGUUGUCAUCAAAUGGGCUACACAAAUUAAUGAUGUGCUUACAGAGGAAUCGAGCCAGGCAUUUGCUGGUGGUCAAAAUCCCACACCUAAUGCAGAAGUCAGCUUCUGGAACUUAAGGUUACAUAAUCUGGAGUACAUCUAUGAACAACUUCGUGAUGAACGUGUCAGAAAGAUGGCUGUUAUUCUAGAGAAAACAGAUAGUGCUUACUAUCCAUGUUUUAGAAUGCAAUUCCAGAAUGUAGUUGCAGCAUUAGCAGAGGCAAAAGACAUAGCUCUGUACCUGAAGCCUCUUCUACCCCACUUCGCAGCUUUACAAGAAACAGACUUUGCUGAGAUCAGACCUUGUCUUCAACCACUCAUGCAUGUUGUGUGUCUUGUAUGGGCCAACAGCCGUUAUUACUGCAACUCUGCCAAAAUUAUUGUACUUCUGCGACAAAUCUGCAAUCUCCUAAUAAAACAGGCAAAGUUUUUCUUGGACCCAGCUUCCAUUUUCCAAAGUGAUGUUGAUGAAACCAAGCAGAGAGUUCAAGAAUCUGUAGAAACUCUACAUCUCUUCAGAAAAAUAUUUGAUGAGUGCAGAGAGAACCUAGCAUCAUAUUUCAAGGACAGGGAACCCACACUUUGGACAUUUCAUCCCAAGAUUGUAUUUGAACGUUUCCAAGCAUUUCUUAACCGUCUUGAAACAAUAAAGUGCUUCUUUGAUACUGUUUUGGAGUUUAUGAAGCUUGAGAAGGUGGAAAUUGGAGGGCUGAAGGGACGCCUUUUGAGUUCUAGAGUUGUAGCAGUGUUUACUGAGUUUACCGAACACUUGAGUGUGUUUGGGAGCAAGACAUAUGAUGCAUUAGAUCCUGAGGAUCCUGCUUUUGAGUUGGACUAUGCAGAUUUCCAGAAGAAAAUUGGAGACCUUGAUUGGAGACUUGCGUCUGUAUUGUGUCAAGCUUUUGAUGACUGCUGUAACUUAGAGAGUGUGUUUAAGCUUAUUGAAAUAGUUGGUUCUGUUUUGGAUCGACCUCUGAUAAAAGAUCAGUUCACUGGAAAAUAUGAAGCCAUUCUGGUCAUGUUGAAUGAAGAAUUGGUUACAGCAGAGGUUCUGUAUGAAGAACAGAUGGCCACCUUGGCAGAACAUGGAUGGAUGCAUGUGGAUAAAAACAUGCCACCAGUAGCUGGAGCCCUAAGAUGGGCAUACCAGCUGCAUCAGAGAGUGACAAUUCCUGUAAUGAACUUCAAGACCCUUCAACAUAUGAUAGUGACCAGUCCUGAAGCAACAGUGGUGCUGGCAAAGUAUGAUCACUUAAUAGAUUUACUGGAUGAAUUUGAGAGCAAGAUAUUUGCUAACUGGGCAGCUUCAGUGGCUGAGCAAUGUGAGAGAAACUUGAAACUCCCACUUUUAACACGUAAUGCCGUUAAUAAUGAACUGUCUCUCAAUUUCCAUCCAGAGCUAGUUGCCAUCCUCCGUGAAGUACACUAUUUAAACCUCAUGGGACAUAAAGAUAUUCCAGUAGCAGGUCUUUGCAUAUAUGAACAGAGUGAGACCUUCAGAAAAUAUACUUCAAACCUCAAUCACACCAUUCAGUGGUAUAACAAGGUAUUACGCCAAAGUCUUCCAGUGGAAUUUGUAUUGAUUGAGGAGCAAUUACAAGAGAUUGAUGCACUGGUAGAGCAGGGCCAAACAAAUCUCAAUUGGAAUUCUAUGAAAUUAUGGGACUAUAUUGAACAACUUCAUCAGUUAGUACAUACUUUGGAAGCACGUGUACAACAAACACAAAAUAAUGUGGAGCAGAUUCAUAAUAUUAUGGGCAUGUGGAGCAAAGUGGCUCUGUUUGAGCGUCCAGAUGGAAAAAAAGAUACAUUACUGUGUGUUGAAGACCGGUCAGAACAUGUACAGCGAAGGUACAAUGAAAUGCGCAGUGCAGCCAUAGAGAUUCACAAACUUUUGCAACAAAAUCUUGAUCUCUUUGGUAUGGAACAGGCAGCAGACUCUUCUCGCUGGCUUGACUAUGUUGGCUAUGUAGAUAAUAUAAUUUAUGAGUCCCUACUUAAGACUGUGGGCUGCAGUUUGGGUUACAUUGCGGAGCAUAUGGACCCAAAUAAUGGGCUUCCACCAUUGUUUGAAGCACAGUUAGAACUUCGUGACCCGAACCUUGUGUUUAUACCAUCACUUAAUACUGAUGACCCUGACUGCUUCUCUAGUGUGGUAGAAGGUCUCAUUAGUGACAUUAUAAAGAUGGCAAGUCUGAUUCCCCGCAUUGCUAUUAAUUAUGGAGCUGCUAAUUAUGAGGCAGACAUGGAGAAUAAUGAGGAUAUAAGAGAGAUGAAACAAGAAGUAUUAGGUGGUGUACAGUCUGUAAUGAAUGAGGCUAAUGAAUUUAGUCAUGGUUUUGAAACAUACUCUUAUUUGUGGCUGGUUGAUCGUGAAUCCUGCAUGCAACAGUUCUUGACAUAUGGUCAUCAGUUGACAGCUGAAGAGCUUGAACUCAUUGCCAUAGAUGAUGACACGGCACCAAAGCCUAGUCCACCAAACAUGGAGCUUUUCAGGGAACAGAUUGAUAACUAUGAGAAUCUGUUCAUGGAGAUUGAGGAGAUGGAGUCAGUACACAUCUUCAGUGGAUGGUUUCAAGUAGACUUGAGACCCUUGAGGCAAGCCCUCCUCAACACAGUUAGCAAGUGGGGCAACAUGUACAAGCAGCAUUUGGUGGAUCAUGUAACUAACAGCUUAUCAGAUCUUGCACAUUUCAUUCAUGAUGCUGAUGAGGGGUUACAACAGCCUAUUCAAGAAGGAAACUAUGAGUGGCUGGUGAAUGUGAUGGGGUAUCUGAUGAAUGUUAAGGAGCGUCAGCUUACGACUGAUGAUAUGUUUGAGCCGUUGACGCAAACUAUUGAACUGCUUAAAUUCUAUGAUCAAGAGCUUCCUGAAGAAGUAAAUGUGCUGCUGCAGGAGCUGCCAGAGCAGUGGAAUAACACCAAGAAGAUAGCACUGACUGUAAAACAACAAGUUGCACCCUUGCAGGCUACUGAAGUUACUUGCAUACGUAACAGGAUUUCUAACUUUGAUGCACAACAGAAUCAUUAUCGUGACACUUUUCGGAAACUACCUUUCCUCAGAUUUGACUGUGAAUUCCCAUAUGACCUACUGGAUGACACACACUUGGAAAUUUCUGAGUUUGAAGAUGACAUGAACAAUAUUCAGGAUUCAGCCUCCCUGUUUGAAGUAAAUGUGCCAGAUUUUAAACACCUCAAACAGUGUCGGAAAGAGCUUCGGAUGUUGAAGCAACUGUGGGAUUAUGUACACAUUGUGCAAACAAAUAUAGAAGACUGGAAGACAACACCCUGGAGAAAAAUUGAUGUAGAAAACAUGGACAUUGAGUGCAAGAAAUUUGCAAAGGAAAUAAGAGCUAUGGACAAAGAGAUGCGGGCAUGGGACACAUAUAUUACUCUGGAAGCCACAGUGAAAAACAUGCUUACCUCUCUGCGAGCUGUCGGUGAACUACAGAAUUCUGCCAUUAGAGAGCGACAUUGGCAGCAGCUGAUGAAGUCCACUAAGAGCUUAGCUGCACUGCCACCAGAGCUCACUGUGAAGUUUGUUAUGGAUGAGUCCACGACACUGGAAGCAUUGCUUGAGCUGAACCUGCAUGAGUGUGAAGAAGAGGUGAAGAACAUCGUAGACAAAGCUGUAAAAGAGAUGUCAAUGGAGAAGUACUUACGAGAUCUGCAUACAACGUGGUCAAGCAUGGAGUUUGAGCAGGAAAUACAUGCUCGGACUGGCUGCAGCCUUCUUCGUGCUAGUGAAGAACUUAUUGAAACUCUGGAAGACAAUCAGGUACAGCUGCAGAACCUGAUUACAUCGAAGUUCAUUGCACACUUCCUGGAGGAGGUUUCAGCAUGGCAGACUAGGUUAUGUCAUGCUGAUCAGGUGAUUACCAUGUUGUUUGAAGUUCAGCGCACAUGGACUCACCUGGAAUCUAUAUUUAUGAGCUCUGAGGACAUCAACACACAGUUGCCUGAGGAUUCAGAACGUUUCAAUAGAAUUGAUGCAGAUUUUAAGACAAUGAUGGAUGAAAUGAAGUUGACUCCAAAUGUAGUGGAGGUAACAAAUAGAGAAGGGCUGAGUCAGAAGCUUGAAAAACUCCAGAAGGAGUUAACAUUGUGUGAGAAGGCACUAGCUCAGUAUUUGGAAACCAAACGUCUUGCAUUCCCUCGUUUCUACUUCGUGUCAUCUGCUGACCUACUUGAUAUAUUGUCCAAUGGAAAUCAGCCGAAGACUGUUGCAAGACACCUCACCAAGUUGUUUGAUUCCAUGGCACAUCUGAAGUUUGACAUGGAAUCAGAUGGCAAAUUGGAGAAGAAAGCACAAGGCAUGAUUGCAAAGGAUGGUGAAUAUGUGGAAUUCAACUAUGAGAGUGACUGCAGUGGACCAGUUGAGGUGUGGUUAAAUCGUUUACAAGAUUCCAUGCGGACUUCCCUCCGCCAUUAUUUUGCUGAGGCUGUAAUGAGCUAUGAGGAGAAACCUCGUGAACAGUGGUUGUUUGAUUAUCCAGCACAGGUGUCUCUAUGCGGCACACAGAUCUGGUGGACUACUGAAGUCAACAUAGCCUUUUCACGUCUUGAGGAAGGCUAUGAAAAUGCCAUAAAGGACUACCAGAAGAAACAGAUAUCACAAUUAAGUACUCUAAUCACAUUACUGAUUGGUGAACUGAGUAAACAGGACAGACAGAAGAUAAUGACCAUCUGUACCAUAGAUGUACAUUCUCGUGAUGUGGUGUACAAGUUUGUACAAAACAAAAUAGAAAGUGCUUCAGCAUUUCAAUGGCAGUCUCAACUAAGGCACAGGUGGGACGAGAAAGAAUCAGACUGUUUUGCAAAUAUUUGUGAUGCCCAGUUCCGCUAUAGCUAUGAAUAUCUGGGUAACACACCACGCCUUGUCAUCACCCCUCUUACUGACAGAUGUUAUAUCACACUUACACAGUCUCUACACCUGGUGAUGGGUGGGGCUCCUGCAGGUCCUGCUGGUACAGGAAAGACAGAGACCACCAAAGAUUUGGGACGUGCUCUUGGUAUCACAGUUUAUGUUUUUAACUGCUCUGAGCAGAUGGAUUACAAGUCAUGUGGCAACAUUUAUAAGGGACUGGCCCAAACUGGUGCCUGGGGAUGUUUCGAUGAGUUCAACCGGAUUACAGUGGAGGUUCUGUCAGUAGUGGCUGUUCAAGUAAAAUCUGUCCAGGAUGCUAUACGAGAUAAAAGUACCACUUUCAAUUUCAUGGGAGAAAUGAUUGGAUUAGUUCCAACAGUAGGUAUUUUCAUUACAAUGAAUCCUGGCUAUGCUGGUCGUACAGAAUUGCCAGAAAAUCUGAAGGCUCUGUUCAGGCCAUGUGCAAUGUGUGUACCAGAUUUUGAACUCAUCUGUGAAAUUAUGUUGGUAGCAGAAGGAUUUCAAGAAGCUCGUGUUCUGGCAAGAAAAUUUAUCACAUUGUAUACUUUAUGCAAGGAAUUACUUUCUAAGCAAGAUCAUUAUGACUGGGGCUUGCGAGCAAUCAAAUCAGUAUUAGUAGUAGCAGGCUCUCUCAAGCGAGGCGAUCCUGGACGUCCGGAAGAAGAAGUGUUGAUGCGUGCUCUCAGAGACUUCAACAUUCCAAAGGUGGUAACAGAUGAUUUCCCAGUGUUCAUGGGUCUUAUUGGCGACCUUUUCCCUGCAUUAGAUGUACCAAGAAAGCGAGACCAAGAAUUUGAGCGAACAGUGAAACAAGCAGCUGUUGAUUUAUUGCUACAACCAGAAGACAAUUUUAUACUGAAGGUGGUGCAGCUGGAAGAACUCCUGGAAGUACGACACUCUGUAUUUGUUGUGGGGAAUGCUGGGACUGGCAAGACACAAGUCUGGAAGACUUUGUUUCGCACCUAUCAGAAUAUGAAGCGCAAACCAGUCUUUAAUGACCUGAAUCCAAAAGCUGUAACCAAUGAUGAACUCUUUGGGAUCAUCAAUCCAAAUACUCGAGAAUGGAAGGAUGGUCUGUUCUCUGUGAUAAUGAGAGACCAAGCAAAUUUAGGAGGUGAUAAUCCAAAAUGGAUUAUCCUUGAUGGUGAUAUUGACCCCAUGUGGAUUGAAUCUUUGAACACAGUUAUGGAUGAUAAUAAGAUACUGACACUUGCGAGCAAUGAGAGGAUAGCACUUACUCCAGUUAUGAGACUGCUGUUUGAAAUCUCAAACCUGCGUACAGCUACACCAGCAACUGUGUCUCGGGCUGGAAUUCUGUAUUUAAACCCACAGGACCUUGGAUGGAACCCGUAUGUGACAAGCUGGCUUGAAACACGAGUAAAUUCUACAGAGAAGUCUAACCUUGUCAUGCUUUUUGAUAAAUACAUCCCUUUGUGCCUUGAAAAUAUAAGAGUUCGUUUUAAGAAAAUCACCCCUAUCACUGAGAUGGCACAUAUACAAAUGUUGUGUCACUUACUUCAAUGCCUUCUUACACCAACAAAUACUCCUCCAGAUUGUCCAAAAGAGUGGUAUGAAAUUUACUUUGUUUUUGCCUGUGUAUGGGCAUUUGGAGCAGCUAUGUUUCAAGACCAGGCCAUUGACUAUCGUGUGGAGUUCACCAAGUGGUGGGUUAAUGAAUUUAAAACCAUCAAGUUUCCAACCCAAGGCACUGUAUUUGACUACUAUAUUGAUACAGAAACUAAACAGUUCUUACUCUGGACUGAGCGGCUUCCUAUCUUCACACUUGAUCCAGAUAUACCAUUGCAGGCUGCAUUAGUUCAUACUUCAGAAUCCAUCAGAAUGCGUUUCUUUCUGGACUUGCUGAUGGAGCAGCGACAUCCGGUGAUGCUGGUGGGUAGUGCUGGUGUUGGGAAGACAGUACUGAUCUGUGACAAACUAUCAUCAUUGUCUGAAAAUUAUGCAGUUGCCAAUUUGCCUUUCAACUUCUACACUACAUCAGAAAUGCUACAAAAAAUUUUGGAGAAGCCAUUAGAGAAGAAAGCAGGCAGAAAUUAUGGUCCACCUGGGAACAAGAAUCUUGUUUACUUUAUUGAUGACAUGAAUAUGCCUAAGGUAGACUUUUAUGGAACUGUGCAGCCUCACACGCUGAUCCGUCAGCACCUUGACUACAGUCAUUGGUAUGAUCGUAAUAAACUGACACUCAAAGACAUUCAUAAAUGUCAGUAUGUGGCCUGUAUGAAUCCUACAGCUGGCAGCUUCACAAUCAAUCCGCGACUCCAGCGCCACUUCUGUGUGUUUGCUAUUAGCUUCCCUGGAGCAGAGGCAGUGAACACCAUUUAUCACUCCAUCUUGUCACAGCACAUGUCCAACCCAGAGUACAAGUUUCCCAUGUCAGUAGUGAAGCUGACACCCAAUGUUGUUUCAGCAUCACUUGCUCUGCAUCACAAAGUGUCACAGGUGUUUCUUCCCACUGCCAUCAAGUUCCAUUAUAUCUUCAAUCUCAGGGACUUCUCCAGUGUUUUCCAGGGAUUGCUGUUUAGUACCAGUGAUUGCCUGCCUCAGCACACUGACUUGGUGAGACUUUGGAUGCAUGAAUCACAGCGUGUUUAUGGUGACAAACUUGUAGAUGAGAAAGACAUUGAAACCUAUAGUAAAAUACAAAUUGAUAUAGUCAAAAAGAAUUUUGAGGAGGUUGAUGAGUCGCUACUGGCAGAGAAACCUAAUAUUUACUGCCAUUUUGCUCAAGGCAUUGGUGAGCCUAAAUACAUGAAAGUGGAGAGUUGGAAGUCUUUAGCUGUUCUCCUCCAAGAUGCACUCAUUAGUUACAAUGAUCUUGUAGCUGCCAUCAAUUUGGUGCUGUUUGAAGAUGCCAUGAUGCAUGUUUGCAGAAUUAAUCGCAUCCUGGAGUCUCCUAGAGGAAGUGCACUGCUGGUUGGUGUGGGUGGAUCUGGAAAGCAAUCACUGGCGAGACUUGCUGCCUUCAUAUCCAGCCUUGAGGUAUCACAGAUCCAGCUGCGUAAAGGCUAUGGAAUUCCGGAUUUGAAAAAUGAACUGUCUGGCCUUUACAUGAAAGCAGGGUUGAAGAAUGUUGGCAUUGUGUUCCUGAUGACAGAUGCACAAGUACCAAGUGAACACUUUCUGGUUCUUAUUAAUGAUUUGCUGGCUUCUGGUGAAGUGCCUGACUUGUUUGCUGAUGAUGACAUUGAAAAUAUUAUUGCUGGUGUCCGAAAUGAGGUGAAAGGUGCUGGCAUGCUAGACACACGAGAGAACUGCUGGAAAUUCUUUAUAGACCGUGUUCGUCGCCAGCUGAAAGUAGUACUGUGUUUUUCCCCUGUUGGAUCCACCUUGAGAGUACGUGCUCGGAAAUUUCCUGCCAUUAUUAACUGCACAGCUAUAAACUGGUUCCAUGAAUGGCCUCAAGAAGCACUUAUAUCCGUCUCAAAGCGGUUUUUGGAAGAGUUGGAUGUAUUGCCCGAAUGUUACCAUGACUCAGUGGCACGUUUCAUGGGCUUUGUUCACAUGUCUGUCAACUCCACGUCCCGGGUUUACCUUCAGAAUGAGCGACGCUACAACUACACCACACCUAAGUCAUUUCUUGAACAAAUCAGCCUCUAUUCCAAAUUGCUUCGACAGAAGAGCUCUGAACUCACGGGCAAGGUGGCUCGCUUGGUGAAUGGACUAGAUAAACUUCGCAGCACUGCAGAGCAGGUUGAUGAAUUGAAAGCAAAACUUGCAAUUCAAGAAUUGGAGCUGAAAGAGAAGAAUGACGCUGCAGAUGCCCUUAUUGAAAUUGUACGAGUUGAAACAGAAAAAGUGUCUACAGAAAAAUCAUUAGCGGAUGAUGAGGAAUACAAAGUGGGGCUUAUAGCUGAGGAGGUGAGCAAGAAACAAAAAGACUGUGAGGAAGAUUUGACAAAGGCAGAACCUGCUCUCAGUGCUGCACAGGAGGCUCUGAACACCCUAAACAAGGCUAACCUCACUGAACUGAAGUCAUUUGGAUCACCACCUGGUGCUGUAACAAAUGUUACUGCUGCUGUGAUGGUAUUGCUAGCACCAAAUGGAAAAAUCCCCAAGGACCGUAGUUGGAAAUCUGCAAAGAUUGUGAUGGCUAAGGUGGACUCAUUCCUUGAUUCACUGAUCACAUAUGACAAAGAAAAUAUACAUCCUGAAGUUAUAAAGGCAAUCCAACCAUAUCUGAAGGACUCAGAGUUUGAUCCUGAGUUUGUUCGUACCAAAUCAGGUGCUGCUGCAGGCCUUUGUGCAUGGGUAAUAAAUAUAAUCAAGUUUUAUGAAGUUUACUGUGAUGUAGAGCCUAAGCGCAAAGCUCUGACUCAAGCAAAUGCAGAACUUGCUGCAGCACAAGAAAAGUUGAGUGUAAUCAAACGAAAAGUUGCUUCAUUAGAGGAGCAACUGGCUAAGUUGACAGCUGACUUUGAACAAGCAACUGCAGAGAAGUUGCGCUGUCAACAGGAGGCAGAUGCAACUAAUGCAACAAUCCAGUUAGCAAACCGGCUAGUUGGAGGCCUAGCCUCAGAGAAUGUCCGAUGGGCAGAAUCUGUUGCUAAUUUCAGGUUACAAGGUAGCAUGUUACCAGGUGAUGUUCUCUUGGUAACUGCUUUCAUUUCUUAUGUGGGCUGCUUCACCAAGCAGUAUCGACUAGACUUGCUCAACAAGUUGUGGCUACCCAACCUUAAAAAUCUAGAACCACCAGUACCAAUCACAGAGGGACUGGACCCACUGUCUCUGCUAACAGAUGAUGCUCAGAUUGCUGUAUGGAACAAUGAAGGACUGCCAAGUGACAGAAUGUCGACAGAGAAUGCUACCAUUCUCUCAAAUUCUGAUCGUUGGCCACUCAUGAUUGAUCCACAGCUACAAGGAGUCAAGUGGAUAAAACAAAAAUACAGUGAUGCUCUGAAAGUAAUACGCUUGGGCCAGCGUGGUUACCUGGAUGUUAUAGAGCAGUCUAUCACCACUGGUGCAACUGUUCUUCUGGAAAAUAUUGAGGAGAAUGUUGAUCCAGUGCUAGACCCAUUACUUGGUCGUAAUCUUAUCAAGAAGGGCAAAGCCAUUAAGAUAGGAGACAAGGAAGUGGAGUACAAUUCAAACUUUCAAUUAAUUCUGCAAACAAAGCUGGCAAAUCCACAUUAUAAACCAGAAAUGCAAGCUCAGAGCACACUUAUAAAUUUUACUGUAACUCGAGAUGGGUUAGAGGAUCAACUUUUGGCCGAAGUGGUGAAGGCAGAGCGACCAGAUUUGGAAGAACUCAAGGCAGAACUGACUAAGCAGCAGAAUGACUUUAAGAUCAUGCUUAAGACGCUGGAAGAUGAUCUAUUGUCCAGACUGUCCUCUGCAGGAGGAAACAUCUUAGGAGACACAGCACUGGUGGAGAACUUGGAAACUACCAAACGUACAGCAGCAGAAAUUGAACAGAAAGUAGCAGAGGCAAAGAUUACAUCAGCCAAAAUUGACCAGGCUCGAGAAUUAUACAGGCCAGCUGCUGCACGUGCAUCACUGCUUUACUUUAUUCUUAAUGAUCUUAAUGCCAUCAACCCCAUCUACCAAUUCUCCCUCAAGGCCUUCAGUGUGGUUUUCCAAAAGGCAAUUGAAAAAGCAGUGCCUGCUGCAGAAGUAUCAGCAAGAGUUGUUAACCUUAUUGACUGCAUCACAUACUCUGUUUUUAUGUACACCUCACGGGGACUAUUUGAAAGAGAUAAACUUAUCUUUUCAUCACAGAUGGCCUUCCAGAUCUUGCUCAUGAAUGAAGAGAUUGUGGCAUCUGAACUGGAUUUCCUUUUGAGGUUUCCACUUCAGCCACAUGUUGUCAGUCCUGUUGACUUUUUAUCUAAUGGCAGUUGGGGUGGUAUUCGCAGUCUAUCUGCAAAGGAUGAAUUCAGAAAUCUGGAUAGGGAUAUUGAGACUUCACCUAAGCGAUGGAAAAAGCUUGUUGAGUCAGAUUGUCCAGAAAGAGAAAAAUUUCCUCAGGAGUGGAAAAACAAGACUUCACUCCAAAGAUUGUGCAUGAUGCGUGCACUGCGACCUGACAGAAUGAAUUAUGCAAUUGCAGCAUUCAUAGAAGAAAAACUUGGAGCCAAAUAUGUUGAAGGCAGGACAGUAGAGUUUUCUAAGUCAUUUGAGGAAGCAAGCCCAUCUACACCCAUCUUCUUUAUACUAUCUCCUGGUGUGAAUCCUCUUAAGGAUGUUGAAGAAUUAGGCAAAAAGCUGGACUUCACUUUGCAUAAUGGUAAUUUCCACAAUGUAUCGCUAGGACAAGGACAGGAAGUGGUGGCAGAGCAAGCUAUGGAUACUGCAGCUGGCAAGGGACAUUGGGUAGUACUACAGAACAUUCAUUUAGUCAAGAAAUGGUUGCCUACACUGGAGAAAAAGUUGGAACAUUACAGUCAGGGUUCCCAUCCAGACUACCGUGUGUUUAUGAGUGCUGAGCCCGCAGCCACUCCUGCAGCACAUAUAAUUCCACAGGGUAUCUUAGAAUCAUCUAUUAAGAUAACCAAUGAGCCACCAACAGGUAUGCAGGCAAAUCUUCACAAAGCACUGGAUAACUUCAAUCAGGAAACCCUAGAAAUGUGCAGCAAGGAGGCUGAGUUCAAAGCUAUACUCUUUUCUCUGUGUUACUUCCAUGCAGUUGUGGCAGAACGUAGAAAAUUUGGACCUCAGGGAUGGAAUAAGAUAUAUCCAUUUAAUGUAGGUGAUCUGAAUAUCAGUGUCAGUGUUCUGUACAACUACUUGGAAGCCAACUCCAAGGUUCCAUGGGAAGACUUGAGAUAUUUAUUUGGCGAAAUUAUGUAUGGUGGCCACAUCACUGAUGACUGGGACCGAAGAUUGUGCAUCUCAUACCUGGAGGAACUCAUGCAAUCUGAACUGGUGGAUGGAGAACUAAUGUUGGCUCCUAGUUUCCCAGCGCCACCAAAUACUGAUUAUAUUGGAUACCAUACAUAUAUAGAUGAGAUGAUGCCUCCAGAGUCACCAUAUUUGUAUGGUUUACAUCCGAAUGCAGAGAUUGGUUUUCUCACCACAACCUCUGAGAACUUGUUCCGGACAGUGUUUGAGAUGCAGCCACGUGAUGCCGGAGCUUCGGGUGGAGCCACAGUUACUCCAGAAGAGAAGGUAAAACAGAUUGUUGAUGAAAUCAUUGAGAAGUUGCCUGAUGAUUUUAACAUGGUGGAGAUAAUGAACAAGGUAGAGGAGCGCACACCAUAUGUCAUUGUGGCUUUUCAAGAGUGUGAGCGCAUGAAUUAUUUGACGGGAGAGAUGAAACGCUCACUGAAGGAACUGGACCUUGGACUCAAAGGGGAAUUAACAAUUACUGGUGAUAUGGAGGAACUCCAGAAUGCACUGUUUUUAGACCAAGUGCCUCACAUCUGGACUCACCGAGCAUACCCAUCACUCCAGGGUCUCACAGCCUGGUUUGCUGACCUCCUACUGAGGCUGAGAGAACUGGAGACCUGGUCUACAGAUUUUGUGCUACCAUCAUCUGUAUGGUUAGCAGGUUUCUUCAACCCUCAGUCCUUCCUUACUGCUAUUAUGCAGUCCACAGCUCGCAAAAAUGAGCUUCCUCUGGACAAAAUGUGCCUCCAGUGUGAUGUAACCAAGAAACAGAAAGAAGACUUCUCAUCAGCGCCACGUGAAGGUGCAUAUGUUCAUGGUCUUUUUAUGGAAGGAGCUAAGUGGGACAUUCAACAAGGCAUCAUUACAGAAUCCAGACUGAAGGAACUCUUCCCUACUAUGCCUGUUGUCAACAUCAGGGCCAUCACACAAGAUAAGCAGGAUAUACGCAACAUGUAUGAAUGUCCAGUAUACAAAACUCGAACAAGGGGUCCCACUUAUGUGUGGACAUUCAAUCUCAAAUCCAAGGAUAAGCCUGCCAAGUGGACAUUGGCUGGAGUGGCUUUGCUCCUACAGAUUUAAGUGAAAAUAUGACUCAGAAGUGUAUUUACCUGUGUCCAUUGCAAAUUUGAGGAAAUGAAGUCCAUUUAAUCAUUACCUGAAGUUAUUUCCUUAUUACCAAUUUUAGUAAGCAAAUUUAAUCACAACUGUAGCAGGGCUUUGCCAUAAUAGAAUUCCAAACCUGUAGAUCCAAUUUCAAGUUUGAAAAUUUGGCAGCUGACUUUCUUAUUUUAGAGAAUAUAUUCUAUUGCAGCCCCUUCUAUUUUAUCUGAUACUGUACUUCACAGAGCAUGUUGCUGCAGUGUCCUAGUGUUGAAGGAUGAUUAUGUUAAAGCAAAUGAAAUUUAAAGAAAUAGAAUUAAUAUUUAUGGAGUUUUACUCUUCACAUUUAUCUGUCAGACACACCAUACAAUGCUUAGAGACUGGAUAGCAAAUGAUUACAUGUAUGUAAUUUUAACAUGUUUAAAUUCUGUUGUUCAGAAUAUUUAUGAAUUACAGCAUUUACUAGAGUUAAUAGGAUUUAAACAUGCACCUUUGUGCUCAAUAUAAAUACAAUCUCUUUAUGCAUUAAGCUAUAUAUAGUUGCCCAACAUUGGUAGAUACAGAACAGUUUAUGCUUUAUACAGUGUAUUGUUUUGUGUACAGAAAUUAACACCUUAUUUAAACAGAAAGUUGUUCAGAUCCCUUGGGAGUCUAUAUAUGUUAUAUAUUUCUAAUUAUACAUAUAUAUUACUUCUGAAAUGGAAGUUAUAAUUCCUUUCUUGUGGUUUGAAGGAUUAUAACUAUUUAUUAUGCUUAACUGUAUCAGACGGCAUGAUCACUGAUACUUCUUAGCCUGUUGAAAAAUUAUGGUAAAGCAACUUUUGAGCCAAAGGUAAAAUUGUUAUUAAUUUUGUAACACAAGCUUUCAUCAUUGUUGUGUACUACUACUGUCAUGCUUUGCCAUCCCUAAUGCAGUAGAAUAUGGUUAUCACUAAGAGGAAAGUAUUAUUCUUAGAUUUAAUUUUAUUCUGUUUGGUGGUAUUAAGAUGCAAUGUGUGUGUGUGAGAGAGAAAAUAAUUUUGGUGUGUGAGGACAAGAUUACAUUCUGAAAUUUGUAUAGAUGUCUCUAUUUUCACUGAAAAUGACAGAGAAUGUUCUGCAUCUGCAAAUCUUUGGUACAGAUAAGGUUAAGAAGAAUGUUAUAAAAAUUCUUGUUUAUACUGAGGCUGUAGAAAGAAGUACCAUGAGUGGUGGAGAUGGCAUUGUUCAGAGCUUUUCUCUCUCUGCCUACUGCUGUAUUCUCUUAGUAUUCUCUGGCCGGUGUCAGCAACCCCAAGGUGUGUGUUGUGACCGCCAAUAGUCUUGUAAGCGGAAUGUCUAGACAAUCGGAGGAGAAUGUAGGGAAGUAUACUGGAUGGUAAGCAUAACAGAUGUGAGGGGAUGUUAGGAAUUCUUUCUGUGGUCUCAAUAUAGAUAUGUUCUGUUACAUUGCAACAGCUGUUAAACAGUUAUGUUGUUAUAAUAUUUUGCAUGCAGAGUUUGGCCCAAAAAUAAGUAUACAGCUCAUAGUUUUAACAGUAUUUUAACAUGACAUGCAAAAUUUAUUCCUGUAGCUGUUCAAAUUUAAAUCUCUUCCUGCUCACAUGGUCAUAGAGCCUCUUUGCGACAUGUCUGAAGAUGUUUUGACACAAAUGUUUCUUUCCGCUGUGUUCUCUGAAUGUAUCUGUAAUGAUGCCCUUAAAUUUCAUCAAUGUUUCAUAUUUUCCUGCUGUAUGCUUUGUCGUUGAGUACUCCCUAAAGAAACAGUCAUGGGUUUGUAGUCUGGUGACAAACUAUUCAUGUCUUUGGGAAAUUUUCAUGCAUACUGUUACGUACUGCUUGAAUGAAAUAUGACAGUUCCCCAUUUUGUUGCACGUAAGGCUGAGAAAAAUCUGACUGUAGACUCUACAGAGGACAGUUCUGUGGAUUAAAUAUAUUAUGCAACUUUAUAAUAAUAUCUACAUUUGGCGAAGUCUGUAUGUAUGUUAUAUGGUUGGAUAAUGUUGCAUUUAUUGAAAUGAUGGUUACUGAA